AUGGGCAGCGAGAAGAUCACCUCCCACUUCAAGGGCUCCAAAUCCGGCAGGCGCUCGUCGACCGGGAAAGGCAAGGCCAAAGCCGUCGCGCGGGUCGAAGACGACGACGAGAACACCGAGGAGGCGAAGUAUCUUAGCAUCUUAAAGACCUUCGACAUGACCACGAAGUACGGUCCCGCGCUCGGUUUGACUCGCAUGGAGAGGUGGGAGCGCGCGGAGAAGCUCAACCUCGACCCCCCCGCCGAUGUCUACAAGAUCCUCACGGAGCACGACGAGGACGGGAAGUUCACGGAGUGCGUCUGGGAGCGCAUGGUGUGA